AUGGAAACCUUCUCCAAGACUCCUGUAGAGUCAGCAGGAAACUGUCACCCAUUUUACUGUGAGAAUGAGUCUGCAGUGGAGGGAUUCUCCAUGCAGGAUGGCUUCCAGAGGAGAGAUGCCCUCUCAGAGAUGUGCGUGAUAAGAGAUGGAAGUCUGAAGAGGGUAUUAGGCUUCAGGACGAGUCGAGGAGAAGCCAGCCCGGGGGUGGAAUUGGUGGUCUUGGUGGAGGACACAGUGGCGGCGCCUGACCUUGGGGCAGAGGAAGACGAGGGGGACGAGGGUCAAGAGGACCGGGAGGACGCCGAGGAGGUCAAGGAGGACGCAGAGGAUGAAAGGAAGCACACUGAAGUGGUGCAAUGUCCUGAAGAGGCUGAGGAGGGAGACGAGGAGGAGGCUGCAGAGGGGCAGGCGGCUGAGGAGGUUAAGGACGAAGGGGAGAAAGAUGACAAGGAAGAGUCUGUCGAGGAAGAGGCUAAGGAGGGGGAUGAGCAUCUGAAGGAGGAAGAGGAGCCUGAGGGGGAUUCUGUGGAGGCUAAGGCUGAGGAGGCCAAAGAGGAGGAUUUUGAAGAGCAGGUGGCUGAGGACGUGGAGGCGGAGGCGGAGGAGGGCAAGAGGGAAGAGGCCAGGGAGGGGAGCCAGAAGGAGAAAGAAGCCCAGGAGCUGCAGGAGAAGCAGGAAGGGGAAGAAGAGCGAGGGGCAAGGCCAGGUACGCCCCGGUCCCCGCUCCAGGCCCUCCAGGCCCUGCAGUCAGAGCUGGAGCCCGUGAACAAGGACGCCAGCAGGGCCUACUCUCGGCUCAAGCUCAGGUUCUGGCAGAGGCGGCGGCAUCACCUGGAACGCCGAAGCGCCCUCAUCCGGGGCAUCCCUGGCUUCUGGGCCAAGGCUUUUGUGAACCACCCGCAGCUGUCAGCCAUGCUCAGUGGCCAAGAUAAAGGCAUACUUGUCUCCAUGACGGAUUUGCAGGUGGAGGAACUCGGAUCUCCCCGUGAUCGCCGCAAGAUCCUGCUCUUCUUUCGCAAGAACUCCUACUUCCGCAAUGAAGUCGUUGAGAAGGAGUAUGUCCUCAGGGCUGCUGGGUACGAGCCGUCUCAUUCCACUCCCAUCCAGUGGCACCGGAAUUAUGAACGGGAGGCCCGUAGCCGCAGACACCACAACAGCAGCCUAAACUUCUUCAACUGGUUCUCUGACCACAGCUUUGCCGGGUCUAGCAGGAUAGCUGAGAUCAUCAUGGACGACCUGUGGCCCAAUCCCCUGCAGUACUAUGUGAGGAAGAAGGCCCCAGCCGAGGGAACUGAGAGGAGGGCAGGGAGCUUCAAGAUGUUGAGAUGAAUAUGCAGAAGCAUCGCCCUUGACCGGAACCAGUCAGCAACUUCAGAUUGAGCCGGAGCCGAAUGGUCAGACGGGUUGCUCAGCACAGGGAAUUCCUGAAGUGUGGUGCCAGGGUGAAACACAGAGCCAACAGAGGCCUCCU